GGUGCAUCCACAUCCGGAAAUAACAAUGUAGAUGAUAAAAACAAAACAAAAAGAGUAAUAUGUGUGGGUUUAGUGUUAACAACUCUGGGGGGGCUCAAACUGUCAUCCUAAUUAACAUAUUAUCAGAAAUGAAGUAAGUAUAUGGUAUUAUUAUUCAGCUCCAAUCUUUAGAAAUUGAAUAUUUGUGAAAAAUUUAGGCUUCGCCUGUUCCUGUUCUGAUUCUUGAUUGUUGAUAUUUGUUGUAUAAAAAUCUAUAUUAUACACCACCUCAGAUAGUCACAGUGCACACACUAACUGAACAAGUUAAGUACUUCAGUCAACUGAACUACUGCUGCUAGUAGUGUAAAAAACUAAAUUAUUUACCAAAAAAUCAUCUUAGACUCUGAGAUUUUACUGUAUGUGUAAGAGUAAGAGAUGGGCCAGGUGUCUAUUCUUCAGUAUUUUUCAUAGUCAGGAGUAAGUAAGUAUACUCAAAGUUAGAGAAGCUUAGUCAUUAGUAGGCCUAUAUCUGAAUUUGUGAGUAUAAUUUUAGUUUAGUUUAGUAUGUCUAUACUGUAGCUUUUUAAUGACAAGUCUAAAACUUACUGACUAUAGUUAUAAGUAUAAGUUAUAGUCAUAUUUAAGUUUACCAUGUCCAUGCCUACUCAAGCCUACUGACUACUGUUUUUUAACAGGACAGUAUUGGUUUUUGGAACUUUGUCCCGUUUGUGGUGAGCUAAAACCACAAUAGUUUAGUUUCAGUUAUAAAUAGAUUACAACAAAUUUUUAAAUUAUUAUUUUUUUAAUUUAUCAUACGAUUGAGAAAUUUUUUAAUAUAGAUAUUUGCUUAAGUAGUGGAUGUGUGUUUUUUAUUUCCGAAAGUAAGAAGCUUUAAUUUUGUGACAAGUAUUGAUUUUUUUGGCCAAUGACUUUUUAUUUUUACAAAGUAAAGUAAAUGUCAUAUUUUAAAUAUAUAAAUGGGUUUCUUUCGAUCAAAGAGGAAUAUGGUUAAAUAUUGACAAAGGGUAUUGUAAACGAGACUUUAAAAUAUCUCACAAAGAGCACUUUUCUUGCACCCGCUACAAAUUGUUUGACUCAGUCUUGCAUGGUAUAUGUUUAUACUAAAACCUAUUGUAUAUUUUGUCAUUUGCUUUUUAGCUACAUAUUUUCAUUUUUUUUUUACUUGCCUAGUUAGGAAACACUAUAGUCUUGAGCCUUCGAUUCCUAAAAUGAGUAGGAGAUGGGGAAGUUCACAUGCCUUACUAAUGCUAACAUUCUUACUGAUGUGGAGUCCAAGUUAUCUUACAGAUUUACCCAUUUCUGGUGAGGAAUCUUUGUACCCCUAGACUCUAACUGAAAAAUUUGUAUCUGUUGUCAUUUCACAACUAUAACUCAGCAGUUCUAAAUGUUGGCUAUAUAGCAUUCUUGGGGCCAUAGCAUAUUUCUUGGGAACCAUGAACAAAGGAAUAAAGGAUAUUAUGUAAUUAAAAUGAGCUGAAUUUUGUAUAUUAUAACAGGAAAGGGGCAAUGGAGGUUAAUAAAAAUAAUGUUAAAGUGGUGCACAAGUAAACCAUUUUUCUUGGAGAAAUGCUGAUCUUACUGAACAGUUUGUACCAGUUGUACUUAGUCUUUUGAUGUUAAAAGAAAGUAAAUUCUGUAACAUUCAAAUCUGAACUUGUUAAAUUAUGCUUUAUAAAAUACUGGAAACAUCUUAUUGGUUGCAAAGUGCCAUGAAUAUGGCUUACUCUACAGAGAACUUGGUUUAAUAUUAAAAACCUUUAAAAAAAUACAGAAAUAGAUGAUAUGAAAUGUCAAAUGUUAGAUAAGAGUUGUAAUCCCAAGAAUAAUGGAGACUGAUUUAAAUAUGAGGAGCAUUUGGAAUCAGUGGCAAAUCAUUUUCUUAUGAAUGGCUUAUUAGUUAUCAAUUAGAGUUCUCUGUGCUCACCCCCCCCCCCCCCCAAUUAAUGUGUCAUCAACAAGAAAGCUCGUCUUUUGCUAUUUUUGCUAUGACCAAGAAACUCUAUUUUAUAUAUCAAUGUGUCAAUGAAAAAUUCACAAAGUCCUACUUACACAGAUAUUGAAACACUAAAAGUUUUCAGCAUUAUAAACUAUGAGGUGGUUACAGGAAAAAAAUCAACAUACAUUUUGUUUAAUUUACAUCUCUUUCAGUUUCUAUGAGUGAUUUAAAAUUAUGUAACAAGCCUUCAAACAAGAUCCACUGGCUUUCUGAAAAAACAAGUGCACUGGUGACAGGGAAAAAUUCUGAGUUGACUCAAAGUUGCCAUCUUAGAUUUGGUGUUGCAUCAGACAAGAAAGAGGCACGAAUUCGACUGCACUUUGACUUUCUUUACAUUGAAGAUUGCUCCAUACGCUUGCAGAUAAAUGAAUCUUUAAACAGUGAUUUUAAAUCCUCACUUGAUAAUAAGGAAAUUGUAUGUACAAAUUAUAAACGAAUAGUUGUUAAUAAUUUCCUUGUUACCAUUAUUAUAAAAGUCAUACCAAAGGUUAAUCCAUUUUACAAGAUUAAUAAAAGUUGCAGCUUGAAUUCUGAAUUUAGUAACCCACUAAUGUAAAAUGUCUGAAGAAAAAAAUAGGCUUGAUGCCAGAUAAAGACAACACCAAAAUCCUUUGACACAAAACUUUGAUAAUGUAAUCAAAUUUAUUAUCCCAAAUUUUUAUUUUUUUAAAAAUUAUUUUAAAUUUUUUUUCUUACUUGCACAUUUUGAUGACCUAUAUUUAGUAUUAUACCAACUACAUCCUCACUUAAUAAUUCGUCUGAAUAAUUCAGUUUUUAAUGUUUUCUCAUUCAGUGGGAUGCUCCUAUCAAUGUGACAAAAUUAUCUUUCAGUUCAUGAGCAAGUGUAAUACCAGAAACCCUGGUUCUCUUUACACACAACCCAAGAACUUUAUUCUUGUCAGUCUGAUCAACGAACAAAUGAGCAGCCAAGCAGUCAAUUUUAGGCUCAAUGUCUCUAUGGCAGGUAAAUAGUGUAUCAUAAUUCUGUUUGAUUCAACAAGUUAAUUCUAGACUCAAUGUCUCUUUGGCAAGUAAAUAAUAAUUGGUUACCGGAAAUUUGUUUGAAAGAAAUUUCGUAGACGUAAAAUUGAUAGACGGAAAUUCAAUCAAACAGAAAUUUGGUCAAAUUCUUUUUUCAGUUUACACGAUCUAAUGUUGUGUCAAAUUUCUUUUUGAACGCAUUGUUUUUUUCUACUAUAUAUAUAAAUUUAUGGAUACGAUAAUAAUUCUGUAUGGUUCAACAAGUUAAUUAAAGACUGUGUCUCAAUGGCAGGUAAAUAAUAAUUCUAUUUGAUUCAACAAGUUAAUUUCAAGACUCAGUGCCAUCGGAAAAUUACAAAGGUUGAAAUUUAAACAGCUAGAUUAUUCAGUUUCCUAAAAAUGUGACUAAUUCAUUGAUAUUUCAGAAAAUCCGCCAAAAUCUGGUUUAGAAUUGCAUAUUCUCAUCAUCGUCGGCUUUGUGGUAGUCAUUGUUGUUGUGAUGGCUGGGCUGCUGCUGUUCAAAUACAUUACACGCCUGUCCCACAGCUGGCAUGAGCGUAGAGUUGAGGCGGCAAUGGCUAGAGCUAUCAACAUUUUUAACUCGCAAGAACCCCUGGAGGAACCUGAUCUUGUUUUCAUUCGACCCGGAGGUUAGUUUUACUUAGGUUCAAGUUGUCUGAAAUAGUGUCAAGAUUUAGCCUCUAUUGCAGUGCAGUCCAAUAAUUUUUAACAUUAUUGGCCACCAAAAUAUUUGUUAAGUUGCUGAGAGCAUCACUUGAAAUUUCGAUAGCCACAGGCUGAAUUGUUUUGUAGUGUUACAAUUUAUUAUAUUUGAGAGCUCAAAGAAUAAAGUCUGUGCAGUUCCAUGAUUUUCUAGAAUUAGGGACAAUUAAAUCAUCUUAAAAUGCACAGAUUACAAAGAAACUGGCUUAGAUUGCACCAUAGGAGUUUUCAAACAUGAGAUUACUCCCCUAGCCUUGACCUUUGACCAUUACUGAAUUACAUGUACUUCCAUUUCCAUGGUUUAGUAAAAGAUCUUCCAUGUAGCCUCUAAGGGAAUCCAUUCCAUCCAAAGAGCCUCCAUGUAGCCUCUAAGUGACUCCAUUCCAUCCAAAGAGCUUCCAUGGUAGCCUCUAAGUGAAUCCAUUCCAUCCAAAGAGCCUCCAUGUAGCCUCUAAGUGAAUCCAUUUCAUCCAAAGAGCCUCCAUGUAGCCUCUAAGUGAAUCCAUUCCAUCCAAAAAGCUUCCAUGUAGCCUCUAAGUGAAUCCAUUUCAUCCAAAGAGCCUCCAUGUAGCCUCUAAGUGAAUCCAUUUCAUCCAAAGAGCUUCCAUGGUACCCUCUACUAACUCUACUAAGUGAAUCCAUUUCACCCAAAGAGCUUCCAUGGUAGCCUCUAAGUGAAUCCAUUCCAUCCAAAGAGCUUCCAUGGUAGCCUCUAAGUGAAUCCAUUUCAUCCAAAGAGCUUCCAUGUAGCCUCUAAGUGAAUCCAUCCAUCCAAAGAGCUUCCAUGUAGCCUUUAAGUGAAUCCAUUCCAUCCAAAGAGCUUCCAUGGUACCCUCUACUAAGUGAAUCCAUUCCAUCCAAGGAGCUUCCAUGUAGCCUCUAAGUGAAUCCAUUUCAUCCAAAGAGCCUCCAUGUAGCCUCUAAGUGAAUCCAUUCCAUCCAAAGAGCUUCCAUGGUAGCCUCUAAGUGAAUCCAUUCCAUCCAAAGAGCCUCCAUGUAGCCUCUAAGUGAAUCCAUUUCAUCUGUGAAGUCACAGUUGUUGAAGUUUUUAUUUAAAAUAAAAUAAAAUAUUUUUCUAAAUUAGAAGAGUCUAAGAAAAAAUGUUUGAAUUUUAAGGUGAAAUAUCAGGUUAAAACUGGCUUUUUGUCAGUGGAAGACAGUCGAAAUAUCAGGGUGAUAAGGUGAAUUAUAAGGUAUACAUGAAAAUUGUCAGGAAAACAAGUGGAGUGUGAAGGAAAAACAAGUUAAGUUUCAGGAAUACCAGUGAAGUGUGAAGGAAAUCUUUGUUAAUUUUAAUUAGAAAAUUAUAGACUAGUUAUUGUAUGAAUGAUUUAUAUGAAUAAUUUGUAUAAAUAAUUUUUACUCAUCAUUUGAAUCAAAAUUAUUUGGCUUUAUCAAUUAGCUUUAUAUUUGUCAUUAUACUUCUAAAUGUUUUAAGCAGAACUCGGCCACACUUGACGUUGUCUAAUUUUUUUUUCAUAUUUCUAUUUAAAUUGUAAAGAAGUUCACCAGAGGUCAAGUACCAGUGGAGCAGAGAUCGCCUUUGUACACAAUGAUGGCCGCAUUGAGAGAUUCCGGUCUCGGGAUGUCACAGCAUCCAAUGAAGUUCUGCAUGCACAUCAUAAACAGACCAGCCAAUCAUCCCAAGCUAGCCAUAAGAGAAAAGGGAACAUUAGCUGCAAUAGCCCAUCUCUUUCACCACAGUCAUCACAUCCUAAAAAUAAUACUCCACUUUGUCGUACGUUACUAGACAGCACACAAGGUCUAACAACUGACCAAGGAGAUGCUGUGUCACUAGGAGGCUCUGAUAUGCCACCGUCGUAUGAAGAAGCACUGGAUAUGCCAGGUCCUAGUGAAAUAAAUUUGUCACCGGUGGAAGAUGAGAGUGAACUGGAUGAUGCAAUGGAUGUUGUGGAUAUUCCUACCAGCAGGUUACAGUUGGACUACAUGAAUGUUGGGCCUGGCUCACACAGGGACUUCACAGACACUGAACACGUAGAGGACCCCAGUAAUAGCAACAGUGAGGAGGCACUUUUACCUGUUAAUUUACACUACAAAAUUUAGACAUUGACACAUACAACAAAAAAAUAAGAAAUAUGAACAAUUUAAUUGCUUUAAAAUUGACAUGGGAAAAUGAGAUCGUUUAUUAACAGUGGCAUGGUCUACAAAUGGCUACAAAUGUCAAUGUUUUCUUUUGUGAGCAAAAGAAGUAGUAAAAUAUUUCUUGUUGAUCCAGUGAUGUUUUAUUUUUCAAAAAGCUUUAAAAUAGCUGUAUUACUUUUUACAUUAGUACAAAAGGCAAGACAAUAUUUGAUGUGAUUUUUUUUCAUAUUUAGUUUGGGGAUUCACUAUCAGGAUAUCACUUAAGAGAGCAGAGAAUAAGUUUGCUAUAGCCUCACAGACAGCGUAGAGCAGAAGAAUAAAUUACACACAGUCAAGGCAUAAAAUCUAGGACUUGAGUUGUAUCUACAAGUUUAUAAUAAUUAGAAUUUAUUGCAAAUGAAUCUAGAGAGACACAAGCGUAACACAAAGAUUUUAUAGCACCAUUCUUUUCAAUGUAUCAGGAGAUGACAGAGGACAUUGGUUUUUUUUCAGUGUAUUGGGAGAUGACAGAGGACAUUGGUUUUUUUUCAGUGUAUUGGGAGAUGACAGAGGACAUUGGUUUUUUUUCAGUGUAUUGGGAGAUGACAGAUGACAUUGUUUUUUUUCAGUGUAUUGGGAGAUGACAGAUGACAUUGGUUUUUUUCAGUGUAUCAGGACAUUGUUGUUUUCAGUGUAUCGUGAGAUGACAGAUUGCAUUGGUUUUUUUUCAACAUAUUGGGAGAUGACAGAUGACAUUGUUUUUUUUCAACGUAUUGGGAGAUGACGAUGGCAUUAUUUUUCCUCACUGGAUUGAAAGGAGUGAACGUAGACAACCUCUUCUACUCACUCUGACAAAGUAUAUCGCAAUUAUGGGCUGGACCCCUCUCCUUUAAUCAUUCUGUGACACUGAGAUACAUGAACGCCACAGCUACUUCUUUCCAUUCCCAAAGUAAACCAAACUAAAGAUGAAUCCUUAUGUUACACUUUGACACACUUUCAGCUUCUCCAAUAAGUUGCUGGCUUAUUUGCUACAUUGUUUUAUUUCUUGUAUGAUCUUCAAAAUUAAAUGAACAUUUUAUUAUGUUGGCAUGGAUCAUAUCUAUUUGUGGACAGGUUGCACCCUUAGUUUUAGGGUUGUCAAAGUGGGUAUUUGCGAUUGACUCGCAGAUAGGUUGCACUGUAACUUGGGGAGUAACGUGGCCCUUUUUUAACAUAAAUAUAAUGGUAAACAGAUGUUAUAAAAAUGUUUCCAUUGCAAAUUAAAAAUAACAUGCUAUCGUCAUAACUAUGGGAUCUUUAAUAAACAUUAAAAUAAGGUAUUGCCCUCUUAUGCUCAAGCAAGGGAGAAAACCAUUCUGUGACCUUUUUUUAAAUAAAUGGCUUGUCCACAAUGAAUUGCAGUAAAUGAAAUUAUGAUUGGUUUUAGUAGCCUGGUGUUUCCUUAUUGCCUGAGGUGCUGCUUUUUCAAUUAAGCCAAAUUCCGGAUUCGUGAUGCUAAAUAUUUUUCAGCUCAGGAUUUGCGAAUUUUUAUUUUCUCUGGCUCCGGAUUCGCCAGUUCAGUUUAUUAAAAUAUGGAUUCUGGGUUUUAAAAUAAAAAUUAACCUGUAAGAACGUGUGAAAGCCUAUAUUAAGUGUCAAUUGGGUUCGUAUAAAUAUUUAAGCCAGUUCAGUUUAUUAAAAUAUGGAUUCUGGGUUUUAAAAUAAAAAUUAACCUGUAAGAACGUGUGAAAGCCUAUAUUAAGUGUCAAUUGGGUUCGUAUAAAUAUAACAGGGACAGCGACCUUUUGUUUGCAAGCCUCUCCUCGCUUCUUUCUGUGUCAAGUUAGUUGCGCGGACAAUGAUAUUGUCGUUUAAUUUCAAUCACUACAGUUUGAAGCAGGCACGUUUCUUUUGUAUAUAAUUUUCAAAAACCGGCGAUUGGUCAUGGGGAUUGAGAUAACCCAGGUUAAGUGGCAAAUUCGGCCGCCUUUUGUGCUUGAGAUAUCAGGGUCGUCUACAUAAAAGAAUCAACAUAACCCAGGAGAAAAUGCUGAGACAACUAGAGAAUUUGGGGGGUCAACUUCAAAAACGUCGACAUAAAGGGUUGGCCAGUUAAGCGGGUUCUACUGUAUAAGAGAGCAAAUGCACAUGCUAUAUUUUUCAUGCUUUUUUGGGUUCAGAUUGUAGAUGCACUAUGGGUCACACUUGCUAUAGUAAAUUUUAGACUUAUGCAAGUGGGAUCAUUGGGAAAAGGUUGUGCAAAAAAUAUUGUGAUAUAUUUAGUAGGUUUUUUUUUAAAAAAAUGUUUUUCCAUUGUGCCAUAUUUAAACACAAUUUUUUAGUGUGAUGUAAAUAAAUGAAAAAUACAAAAUUUUAUCCCGACUAAUGUAGCCUGUGAUUAAAUCACAUUUCUAGUAAAAUCAAUUCAGCGUCUAAAUAGAGUAAAGGAAUACUCCAUUAUCAGAGGUAACUGUAAGGGUUUUGUGCAUUGACUAAUUCAAUUAUUUUGUUUAGAUUUUUUUUUUUUUGAUUUCAUGUUUGUGUUCAUUGCAGGUCAUAUGCUCUUAAACUUUUUUCAGCUCUGCAGCCUUUCAUUGAUUUCAGAACUUUUCCUCUAUUUCCC